AAAAAGAAUAACAAAACAUACACAAUAAAAGUUAAUAUCACCUUAAAUUUUAAGUAAACUAAACAUUUUGAAAUACUCUUUAACUGAUAUAUUUAUGUAAUUUUGGUUAAUAACACGCCCGUAACGUGAACAAAGAGAAAGAGAGAUUAUGCUAAUAGUAAAAAUUAGUUUUUUGGUUAAUUUUAAAUUAAUAAAAUAGUAUAUCUCAUAUACAUCUCUUGAUUAUGUAAAAUUAAAAUUAAAACACAAACCUCAAGUCAUAUAAAAAAUAAUAAUGUUGAUUAGAAGUAAAGUAUAUGGGCGGGCCUACCAUAGUGUUAAUUAUACUGAUCUUUAGAAUGUUUGAUAACUAUACGUACUGAUCUUUAGAAUGUUUGAUAACUAUACGUACUGAUCUUUAUACCAAACACAACUUAAUUACGUUUUGAAAGAAACGAUGCGUCAAUUCAAAGAUAAGAAAAAGGAUUUAAGUCCCAAGAGACUCUUAGAGUUCGCUGUUAUCUGCACUGCACGCAGGAAGAUCAGAAGACGAUACACCUUUUCCAUCCUCAUCUCAAAAUCUAUUUCGUUUAUACUUCCUUGGCUCCUUUGGAUAUAUUUUGUAAUCACUGAAACCUCUGCAGUCGCUUUCUGUAGUUUCCCUAAGGUUUCAGACAUGUCUUAUGUUCCUCCACAUAAGCGAAACUCGAAGGAUCCAGUUCAACCUUCCCCUUUUCCUCCUCUUCUUACAAAAUUCAGAAGAAACAUUGAUGACCUCAAAAGUAGCUAUUUUCAAGGAAAUGGAAUUGUAUAUUCAGGAAAAUACUUCACCAAAUGGUUUCUUGUUAGUUCAAAUGGAAUUGAGGACGAGGUUCCUCCGUCUGUUAAUCUUGUGCCCCUUUCCUCGGAUUCUUCUGACUGCAUAAAUGGAUUGAAGGCUUUGGAACUGAUGAACAACGACUUCCACAAAGAUAUGAUCACUGAAGAGAGCGAAGAAGAAGAAAGAACUAGGUGGCUCUUAGUAGCAGAGAAGGUUGCUGAUGACCUUGUGUUUGCAUAUGAGCAAGCUAAUAAGAGAAAGGAGGAUCAUGAAAUUUCAGAUAAUGCUAAACUGAGACUGGUUGCUAGGUUCGGAAAAAUAGUCUUUUAUGGGCGCAAAGCUGGUCCUGUGGUUGAUUAUUCCCUAAAGAACUCGAGAAGGAUAUUCUCUACAGAUGUUCCAACCUCUUUCAUACAAAACAUCAAGUCUAAUGCUAUAACAAGCCAUGAAUUCUGUAUAGACGGAGAAAAGGAAAAAUACAUUGUGAAGAUUACUGGUCCCAAUGAAAUCAUCAGUUGUAAAUGCACUGUUAAGGAAGAUGGUCGUCUCAGUAUGUACAAGGCAAGUCUUGGAGAAAGAGUGUUCUAAGAACACAUGGUACAUCCCAUCAUUGAUAAUAAUUUGUUGUAUGCCUUUUUUUCUUUUGCACAGGUCGAGCUUAAUCCUGAAAGGCAUUUGACUAUUGAUGUGUCUUGCACUGUUAAGAAUCUUGAUGUGAGGCUUAUGCUCGCUGGCAAAAGGAAAAUAAACACUCUCACGGAGAACGAGCUAAGUAACAUUCAAGGACUACUUAGUUCAGCAAUUGUUGAUCUCAAUGUGAAAGGAAGAUUAAGGUGGCCGCUUGGUACAACUUCAUCCGAAGGUGGUUACAAAAUAUUUGAAGUUUGUCACGUUAAAGUUACUAUCUACAAAAAGCAUACACUCGGGCUUAAGGUCAGAGAGACUGAUGGAUUUAGUGAGAGGAAUGGAACAGGGGAAAUCGCAAAAGGUGUGACUCUUAUACUUAAAGAGAUGAACACUAAGCUACAGGAACAGAACAUAGAGAGGGGUUGUGUUUUGGAAAUGCUCCGAGGUGUUCUUGGAACUAUAUGGGACUUCAUGAGUUACGAUGGCAGUCUUAUGUAGUAAAGAGCCAUAUGUUUUUGCUGGCGCUAUGUUGAGUUUCUCUUUUACGUUUUGUUGUGUUUUGGUACUUUAAAGUUCAUCAGUUUUUUUGUUUGUUUGGGUUGUGAGGAUUAAACUUGUGUGUUAUUCAAAAUAAAACACAACGCACUAGCUGUGUUUUCUUACAUGAUGCUGUGUUUUGUAUCCAUGUCAAUCUGUCAAUCAUUGAUCAAUGAAUCUAGACUUCGAACGGCUGCAUCAGAUGAGACGGUCUAAACCA